AUGCAGGAAACUUUAAAGACACUGGUUCACUCCCUGGGUCUGGAAGAUCCCAUGGAGGAAAGCAUGGCAACCCACUCCUAUAUUCUUGCCUGGAGAAUCCCAUGGACAGAGGAGCCUGGCGGGCUACAGCCCAUGGGUUUGCAAGAGUUGGACACGACUGAAGUGACUGAUGCAUUGAACGGAGCCAAUCCAGUCAUGCAUUUAUACUCAAGUUUACAUCUUGCUUGUCCUCAGUGUAGGGGCUGCAUUUUACUAAUCAGAAUCAAAGCCAAGAAGCUGAAUGUAACACUGCUGUAUGUUUUUAUUAGACAGAUGCCAUUUAUCCUACUGAGUAAGCACAGUGGAUCCUGGAAUGGGAUUUCUCAAUGA